UUGGUUUGUGUGAGGCCGGUCAUGUGAUCGUGACGUCAUCAGAGGUCCUAGAGCGCAGUUGUUGUGAAGUGACAAUGGCGACCGAUGGAGACUUUCUGCUGCGAUACAGAGCCGUGUCCAACAAGCUAAAGAAGAGAUUUCUCCGUAAGCCGAAUGUUUCUGAAGCCAGCGAGCAGUUUGGUCAACUGGCAAAGGAGCUUAAACAGCAGGACUGUCUUCAGUAUGCUGGAUUCUGUAACUUAGCCAUGGCCCGGUGUGAACAGACGCUGUUUAAUGCUCCGGGAGAAGCCAUGGCUUUGACUGAAGCUGCCCGCCUGUUCCUGCAAGAGGAAACGGAGACUCAGCGUUUACAAUGCCCUAGUUUUGAGGAGCAUUUGCAGGCUGCUAUCAACUGCUACAGUUUUGCUAUCAAGGUAUACAUUGAACUGAAUCAGCCUGUGAUGGCAGCCAGUUUAUGUUUAGAACUGGGGAAUGCAUUAAAGGACAUGAACAAGCUUGGGGAAGCUUUAGUUUAUUUCCAACGGGCAGCAGAGUUGCAAACACAGGUUCCUAUUGAGUGCCUGCUAUCUCUGGGAUAUGUGGCAUCUUGUAAAAUAUUGACACGUGAUUAUGAUGGAGCUCUUGCAGUAUUCACAGAGAUGCAGCUGUUGGCUCAAGAGAAGGGUCUUCCUGCACCAGGAAGCAGUCUGCCAGUGGGAGCAUUUUUGGACAUUAUAGCAAAAUGUGAAGUAUCGCGUGUCCUCCUCCUCAUGCUAUUGCAGCCUCCCCCUCAAAAGCUACUACCUGAGCAUGCACAAACUUUAGAGAAGUACGACUGGGAAGCCUUUGACAGUCACAACCAUGUGAACUAUUUGACUGAAGAGGUGUUUCUGCUACUGCAGUCCGUUGUGAUGGCAUGCCAGGAAAAUGAUAUAGAGUCUCUUAAAGUACUUCAAGUUGAACUCUGGCCACUUUUAACAGCUGAACAGAACCACUUACUACAUCUUGUUCUGCAGGAAAUGAUUUCUCCUUCAGGUCAAGGCAUUUGAACCUUUAUAACAUGGUAGUACCUUUUAGGUAAUUAUUUAGGUACUU